GAUGUGGGACGGGGAAAAGAUGGCGGCGGCCGUGGUCCAAAUGUCAUGUUUGUACCGUGGGAUGUUGGCGGUCAGGGCCACUGGCAUCCGACCGCUGAUUCCCGGACUCGUGCCAUCUCAGUUCAGGGCGUUUUCGAUGAAGAAAGAACCGGAGUUGGAGGAAAAUCCGUACUAUAGUAAAUAUGAAGAGAAGAUCAGGAAACUGCGAAGUUCAAAACCUCAAGAAUAUAAAGUCCGGAUGGAGAAGCGCAGGGAGGUGAAGACGGAACCGCUCGGACAGUCCAAACAAGCGGAGUUCGUCAAGUACAUGGAGAAACAGCUGGACAAACGUGGCAAAGCAGAAGCUGGUGGCUUCACCAAAGAUAAGACAUUAGGGUCUAUUCUUAACCUUGAUAUGGUUCAGGAGAAAUCUGGAUCUGAUAUCGCUGAGCUGUGGAUGCAGUACUUCUCAAAGAAAGACACAAUCAGUGCCGUCAUACCAGGCUCAACUUUUGACAUUAUUUUUGGUCGUGCCAAAUCUUGCCCAACUUUUCUGUACGCUCUGCCUCAGAAGGAGGGCUAUGAGUUUUUUAUUGGCCAGUGGGCUGGUCAUGAACUGCACUUCACAUCUUUAAUCAAUGUUCAGACAAUGGGAGAGAAUGCACCCAGCCAGCUUAUUUUAUAUCACUAUACAGACCUGCAGAAGGACAAAGGCAUCGUGCUAAUGACUGCUGAGAUGGAUAGCAAAUUUGUGACUGUCCACCAGGCACAAUGCUUGGCCAAUCAGGUGCAGCUGUUUUACGGAUCGCAGCGACUUGAGACCUUCCGAUUGGUUGAGACCUUCAACCACCAACCUGCAGAGUUUAAACACAUGGCUGUGAUAGCAGAACUGGAACAGAGUGGUAUUGGCUCAGCAGUCACUACAAAAUAAUCAGAAGACAAUAAACGUGGACUGUCGUCUUGAGUCUCAUGAGAGACUCUGAAGCCAGAUGAGAAGAUAAAAUGUGUUGCCUUUCAAUAGAUAAGAGUUGAAUGGACUCUCAAUAGAUGUGAAAUAUGAAAAUAGAUUCAUACGUCAUGAUUAUCUGCUACCAUGUAUGCAGGUUCAGUUCUCGUUUGACUCCCCGUAAAUGUCCUCAUUAGCAUAUUAUGGCUCAAAAUACUGUACUGUUGUUUGUAUGAUAAUUUGAUGCUUAAAAAUGCAACAAGGAAACUUAUUUAUGCCAUAAAUAUGUUUCCCACAAAAUAAAAAAUCAUGUUGUAGAUGUUUAUACAUCCACAUCAUUGCAUAAAUAGUACACUAAGUUCUUCCUUAUGUAUAGUAUUCCUCUAAAUGAUCAAAAUUAGAUACCAUUUAAGGUGUUCAGGCCUGUUUACCCAAAAAAUACAGGCGUCUUUCUUCAUUCUUGACUGAGAUAAACACACCUGUAGCCUGGUGUGUGAGAUCCAUAAAUAGAUGAUAUGCAAUACCCUGAGGACCCAAGUAACAUAGUGUUCUUUUAUAUCCUGUGUGGUGUUAUUCAUAAUAAAGCUUCACAUUGUGGCA